ACCCUUGGGUGUGCUCAGCGCAGGAACAUCCCACGGUUUGUCAGUGGGCAGCUGCACAAUGACAAGAGCCUUGUUUUCUUUUUUGUUCCAAACUUGGAAAAAAGUGCAACAAUAAUGGAGGAUAUCGUUGCUGCAAUUUGUGCCGUUUAUGGCGUUGGUUAUUCCAGCUAUUACCUGACUAACCUGGGACGUCACCUGAGACGUGUGCUCAGAACUGCCAUAAAAGAGAGUCAAGAAGCAGCAGAAGACUCUCCUCUGGCUCUCGCAACUACUGGAGUGGAGGCCAAAUAUAAGCAAAAUGACCGCAGGACACCAGCUCUGGUCACACCACAGUCUGAAUAUUCCGAGGCGGGCCCUGAACCAACAGAAGACUAUCCACUGACUCCCUCAGCUCCUGGAGAAGAUGCCAAGGAAGAAGAAAUUGACCAGAAGUCUUCAGCUGUGGUCACACCACAGGCUGAAUAUUCUGAGCAGAUUUCAGAACCAACACAAGACUAUCCGCUGACUCCCUCAGUUCCUGGAGAAGAGGCCAAAGAGGAGGAAACUGAGGGCAAGUCUUCAGCUGUGGAGACACCACGGUCUGAAUAUCCUGAGGCGACUCCAGAGCCAACAGAAGACUAUCCGCUGACUCUCUCAGCUCUUGGACAAGAGGCCAAAGAGGAGGAAACUGAGCGCAAGUCUUCAGCUGUGGUGACACCACAGUCUGAAUAUUCCAAGGCGAGUCCAGAACCUACAGAAGACUAUCCACUGACUCCCUCAGCUCCUGGAGAAGAGGCCAAAGAGGAGGAAAUUGAGCACAAGUCUUCAGCUGUGGAGACACCACAGUCUGAAUAUCCUGAGGCGAGUCCAGAACCAACACAAGACUAUCCACUGACUCCCUCAGCUCCUGGAGAAGAGGCCAAAGAGGAGGAAAUUGAGCGCAAGUCUUCAGCUGUGGAGACACCACAGUCUGAAUAUCCUGAGGCGAGUCCAGAACCAACAGAAGAUUAUCCACUGACUCCGUCAGCUCCUGGAGAAGAGGCCAAAGAGGAGGAAAUUGAGCGCAUGUCUUCAGCUGUGGAGACACCACAGUCUGAAUAUCCUGAGGCGAGUCCAGAACAAACAGAAGACUAUCCACUGACUCCCUCAGCUCCAGGAGAAGAAGCCAAAGAGGAAGAAAUUGAGCGCAAAUCUUCAGCUGUGGAGACACCACAGUCUGAAUACCCUGAGGCGAGUCCAGAACAAACAGAAGACUAUCCACUGACUCCCUCAGCUCCAGGAGAAGAAGCCAAAGAGGAAGAAAUUGAGCGCAAAUCUUCAGCUGUGGAGACACCACAGUCUGAAUACCCUGAGGCGAGUCCAGAACCUACAGAAGACUAUCCGCUGACUCCCUCAGCUCCUGGGGAAGAGGCCAAAGAGGAGGAAAUUGAGGACAAGUCUUCAGCUGUGGAGACACCACAGUCUGAAUAUUCUGAGGCAAGCCCAAAACCAGCAGCAGACUAUGCCCUAACUCUCUCAGCUUCUGGAGAGGAGGCCAAAGAAGAGGAAAUUGACCUCAAGCCUUCAGAUGUGGUGACACCACUGUCUGAAUAUUCUGAGGCGAGUCCAGAACCAACACAAGACUAUCCACUGACUCCCUCAGCUCCAGGAGAAGAGGCCAAAGAGGAGGAAAUUGAGCGCAAGUCUUCAGCUGUGGAGACACCACAGUCUGAAUAUCCUGAGGCGAGUCCAGAACCAACAGAAGACUAUCCGCUGACUCCCUCAGCUCCUGGAGAAGAGGCCAAAGAGGAGGAAAUUGAGCGCAAGUCUUCAGCUGUGGAGACACCACAGUCUGAAUAUCCUGAGGCGGCCCUUCUAGAGAAAGAGCAUGAGCAGAUGGCUUUAGAAGAGGUGCCAUGCCAGCCUCAGGGAGAGCUAUUCCUAGCCCAGGAGCAGGAAGAGCAGCUCAGGCAGCAGGUGGAAGAACAACAAGAGAAUGGCCAGAACAUCAAGGCAGAGCCACAAGCAGAGCUACCCGAAGCUCGGAUUCCCAUCAUGGCAGUGAAGAGAAAGCACAAGGAGGGCAUGAGAGGCAAUGAGGAGAUGCAUCUCCAUCCACAGAGAGGCGAUCAACAAAAGCAGGUGAGUGCAAGAGUGGCAGACACUAGAUUUAAGAAACAUUUCUCUGGUUUUUUGCAGAACCUCAAGGACCAGCUGGAUGCAGAACUGCAGGAAACUGAGGCUAAGAUGAAGGAAAAGGAGAAGAGGCUGGAGGAAGAAAUAAAAAUUAUCAGAGAGAAAUGUAAUCCUCUGCUUCAAGCUGUAGAAAAGCAAGUGGAAGUGUUGACAUCUCACCUGCCAGCCUGCAAAGACUUUCAGCAAAAGACUGGAAACAAACAGCCCCGUUUUCAUUGUGACACAUGGGAGCGAUCCCAAUUGGAGAUGCUGCAGCCUGAGAAGAGGAGCCUGGGCAGUUUGUUCAUCUCCAGCACUGACCUGGCUGCUGCUCAGCAACAGGAGACUGAGGAGGAGUACUUGGAGCUACUGAAGAAAACAGUGAACAUGGAAAAUCUUGUGACAAAAUACACUGAACUGGAAAACAUUGGCAGUGGGGCCUUUGGAGAGGUUUGUAGAGCAUUCGACAAUGUCAGAAGAAGAGAGGUGGCCAUAAAGAAAAUAAACCUCCAUGGACUGAGGAUGGAGGAACUAAAAGUCACUGAACUCAUGGUCAUGAGGAAGAAUAGGAGUCCCAACCUGGUCAACUGUUUUGACUGCUACCUUGUGUAUCAGGAGCUCUGGCUGGUUAUGGAGUACAUGGAUGGAGGCACUCUGAGUGAUGUCAUCAGCCAGACCUACCUGUCUGAAGAUGAGAUGGCAGCUGUCAGUCUGCAGUGCCUACAAGGACUGGAUUUUCUUCAUGUAAAUCACGUGAUCCAUCAAAAUGUGAAAAGCAGCAACAUCCUCCUCAGAACUGAUGGCUCUGUCAAGCUGGCUGAUUUUGACCUAUUUGCUCAACUCACCCCUGAAGAGAGUAGACAGAGCUCAGUGGCUCUCACUUCUGGGUGGAUGGCACCUGAAGUCAUGGCAGGUCAACCAUAUGGCCCCAAAGUGGAUAUAUGGUCUCUUGGAAUUGUGGGCAUUGAAAUGGUGGAACAAGAAGUUCCUUACUGGAAUGAAACUUCUGUCUGGGCUCAACUCCUGACAGGCACAGGAGGGACCCCAAAGCUGCGGCAGCCCAACCUCUUCUCACCUCGGCUGCAGGACUUCCUGAGCUGCUGCCUGGAGACAGACGAGGCACAGCGCUGGUCUGCCAAAGAGCUCCUGCAGAUGUCACACUAUGAAAAAGAUUUAAUGAAAUUAAGGUUAGAACUGGAGAGAGGAGAGGCUCUUCGUCGAGUUCUGGAGAGUGAAAUGUCCUUUGCUAGAAAAGAUGUUCAGGUGCAGAUGUAUUCUGCAGAGGAUGAGAUAUGUGAUGCAAAAGCCAAGCUUUUGGAACUGCAAGCACGCAGCAGUGAGCCCAGACAGCACACUGUUACAAACGGAUCAGAAGAAUCCGUUUGGUUUUCGUUUCCACACGAAGAAAACGUUACACCUCGUGGUCCUGCUCCUGAUGUACGCUGGAGACCAUCUAGACACAGAUACUGCCCUUACCCAGGAUCUGACGUAUCCUCUGGGGGGACACUCUAUGUAACCUGCCCUACGCCUGGAACCAACACAGCCUCUGUACACUGGGGACAGCCUAGAUACAGAAGUUACAUUGCGUCUGGAAGCAACACAGCCUCUGAAUCUGUUCCGAGUUACUUCAUACCCCGAGGAAUCAGCACUCCUCUUUGUCCUGAUGUUCCAGCAAGUUGGAGAGACCUUAGUGAUGACGUUAUUCCGUCAAGUUGGAGAAACCUAAGUGAUGAAGUUUUUACUCCUGCAAGACCGAUUAGUGAUGAAGUUUUUACCCCAGGGAGACCAAUUAGUGAUGAAGUUUUUACCCCUGGGAGACCGAUUAGUGAUGAAGUUUUUACCCCUGGGAGACCGAUUAGUGAUGGAGUUUUUAUCCCUGGGACACAGCUUAGUGAUGAAGUUUUUACUCCUGCAAGACCGAUUAGUGAUGAAGUUUUUACUCCUGGGAGACCGAUUAGUGAUGAAGUUUUUACCCCUGGGAGACCGAUUAGUGAUGAAGUUUUUACCCCAGGAGGGAGAGAGCUCAGCGAUAAAGUUUUUACCAGCGGGUCAAGAAGUGAGUUUGACUGGAAUUAUAGCCGACAUUUCGGGCCGCUGCGACCUCUAGCGAACCGAACCGCCGAUCGGAUGUACUACACAAGAAGCGACUCUGACUUGCACUCAGACUCAGUCUGGGUAUAUCGCCAGCCUAGUGUGAUUAGAAUCCCCAUCCCCUGUGGCAGGAGCAGCAAAGCUUACAGCUUUCGACGACCAAUAACGAGCAUGUAUGUCCAAGUUAGCCCAACCGGAAUCGGAAGUACCUCAUGGGUGGAUGAUUCCUCCCGUAUUAGGCCAUUAAGUACUUUCACCAUGUCCACUCCCUCCUGGGAAAGGAUUAGAGCUCCAGUUGGUGCUCCAGUUCAUCCUCCUGCUCCAGUCAUCGCACCCUUCGUUGUCACACGACGCAGAGCCCGUUCUUUGCCUCCGUUCAGAUCUGCCAGCCGGGGUAUCUCACCCAACACCAGAAGACUCCAUGAAAUUUAAUUAUUGGCUUCUUGGCUGCAACAGGUUUCUUAAGGAAUAUCCCAGCUUGUCUUGAGAGGGAAAAAGCUCUAGAAAUGUAAAAAGAGCUAAGUAAAAUACAGCUUUACCUACCUUUGUAUUGUAGUUCAGUGUGUCUUUUAGUCUGGAAUUUUCAUAUUUUUAUGGAAAUGUGCAUUCGUAUCUUCACAUUUCUCUGUUUCUAAUUAUUCAUACACCAAAACAAUUUUUAAACUCCUAUUUAUUGCAGUUGUUAAUUUUUUAUGUAGUAUAUUUUAAAAUGUUAUAAACCAACACCUGUGUGGUAGUUUUCCUCAUUUCUAAAAAAAUCCACAAGCCCUUUUAGUCUCUGUCUCUCAAAGUUUUUUCAUACGUGUCUAUUUUAAACCAGGACUACAAUACUUUAAUAGGGUUGAGAGGGGUCCAUGAAAUGUACACCAGUGAUUCCUCUUGUGGAAUGUCACGGCCCUGCCAUGAGUCGCUUUUUUUUUUUUUUUUUUUUUCCCUGCUCUCAUCAGCUCAGCUGCAGACACACAUUUAGUUGCAAACUUGAGACAGAUGAGCAAAAUAAAAACCAUGUGAUGGGCCUUUGGAAGCACCCUUGCUGAUCUUUCUGCUUCUUCAGUUGAGCAAGACUCUCAUCCAGGCAGACAGAUUGCACUUACUAAUACAUAAUCAUUUGGCAGGAGCUCUGUUGAUUUCUAGUAAGAGCUGGAGGCCUUUAUCUCCUCAGGAUGUUUUGGCUUUCCCACACUUUAUUGGAUUUUGGCUGCAAAUACCAUUGCCCUUGCUUUCUUAUCUACAAGUACCUGGCUGGAUGAAAGCUGCCCAGUGGGCCAUAUUCCAAAGGCAGUUUGGCCUGGAGUUUGUGAAUGAAGGAGACCCUUAUCCAAUUCCAAACCACAUUAAAAAAAAUCACAAAAGUGAACUUUUCAUACUUAACAAACAACUGACAAUUCAGAAGUGAAUGUAGAGUUAUUCACACAGUGAAAAGGAAGGGAAUCUUCCAAUGGAGUUGUGUUAAUAGAGUUUUUGUUCUGACUCCCACUCAUAGCUGGCACUGGAGAAAGCCAUGUCCCUGGAAGUGUCAGUGUCUUCUGUCUGCCAUAAAUUGUUUAGCUGCAGCAAUCAGAGGCAUCAGGUUAGAGAGAGGCCUCCCAGUGUGAGGAAACCCACAUAUUGGGACUACAAGGAUCUGAAGUGUGUCCUUUGUGCUCCUCUGGAGUAUGUGUCCUCUGGAAAAAAUAAUCUGCUUAUGUACAGCCACUGAAAUGCGUAUAAAUUUAUUAGAAUAUUAAGUUUGUGUCUAUUAUAAUGAGUUUAUUAAUGACUUUGAGGAAGGAGUGUUAAAGGCAAGCUGAGGGGACAAGAGAGGUAUAAAAAUUUAGGGACUAGAAUGCAAGACUGUGCAUAGUUUAGGGUUUCCUUGCUUUAAAACAAUGCUGAACAUGAACUUUAAAAUGCUCUGUGCUUUGUAGAUUCAUCUCUGUUUUAAUAAAGCUCUGAAUUUCAGGUAUUUGUCUGGUUAGGAGCUACUGAUACCUCCAAAAACCAAGUCAGAAUCUCCAACAAUUUAUUCUCAUAUGUGGAUAUAGUUACUUAGCAAGAUUAUAUUUUGGAGUCUAAAUAUCUAUAUUAGGACAUUUCUGGAAUAGUAUUCAAAGAAGCAUCCAAAGCAGUGUAUCCUGCUCCCUUCUCUAAUGUAUACAGAUAUAUAAUUUAAUAACUUCCUUUUAAAAUCCUAUUUAGUUUACCUAAAUGAGUUAAUUUAACCUACAUAUAUUAAGUUAUGGCUCUAUUUCCAGGCGUAUUUUUCCCUAUGAAAUAAAUCAAUAGUUCUGCUGGAGUCCCAGUUUCUUAAAUCAUUGUAGUUUUUAUUCAAUUUAUUGCAUAAUAGGUAGAAAAAUUCCUUAGCUGGCAGCUUGCAAAAAAAAAAUCUGUCUGGUUUCCAGUGCUGGGAAACCUCAUUAUAAAACAACAAUAAGUACCACAGUGUAAUAAGCAAGUCUUCCAGAAUGACAGGCAAAUGCAGAAAGCUAAAGUGAUUGUAGUCAAGAAAUCUAUGAAGUUUAGCAACGGAUAAUCAUCUUUCCAUAACAGGGAUAUAUUUUCUCUGAAGCUUUCCUGAACAGAAGCCUUUAGCUCCUGCUGCUGGAGUGGCAUUAUCAAGUGCCACAAUCUUUUUCUGAAUGAUCCUCACAAGCCUGACAAAUUCUGCAAACUAUUUGCAAACUAGAGAAAUUAUGAUUUCUUCCUAUGAGUAAUAUAAAGAUGGUCAGCAAAAGAAAGCAGUUCUACUGAAAGCCUCUGUGCCAUUACCACCAGAAGUGCCGUGUAAAACCAAAGGAUGUUUAAUGUCAUGAGAGACUGGAAAGCUGGAGAAGAAAUUCUGCAGGAACACCAGACUCUGGGAUCCUGCUGGAAAUAUUAUUUACUACCUUGAAUUUUCUGGUGAGUUUGCUCAAAGCGUUUUCUAUUUUAGUCCCUAAGCUAAAUAAAUACGAAAUACCAAAUGCUGUCAGCUGGGUGAACGGUGGGUAAAUAGCUGCAAAGCAGUGGUGCCCCUUUCUGUGUCUGUGCCAGCAGUGCAGGCGCGGUUACACGUCAGCGCGAUUAUCGCGGUGAGAUCGCAGCACCACCCGCCCAGCUCCGCAGCAAUGGGAGCGCCAUCCAAGCCGGACAAGCUUGGGAAGAGCUGCACACCUGCAGGAGCAGUCAGUGCUAGCAGACACAGCCCCCUGUGGGCCAAAUAGAUAAACAUGUCAG